ACCCUUCUUCAGGUUCUUCUUGAGCUUGCUCGUACCAGAAACAAGACGCCAUUGCCCAAGACAAUCGCACCACCUGGUUCUAUCCCACUGCCACCUGAGCAGGACACACUCGUUAGCCCUAACUAUCAGCUCUUGAUACCUAAGAAACAUCUCGCACAAAUUGAGGAGACUGAGGAGGAUGAAGAAGGUACGAAGCCCAAUCCCAACCCUAACACUAACUCUAACCCUAACUCUUCUGUUGAACAGAGGACAGAUGCUGAGCAGCAGCAAAUGCAAGCAAUUCCUCAAAAGGUGUCAUUUGCUCUUGCCUCCUCUGCUGCUGCGCCAGCUGCUAAGCGUCAGAGGUGUUGAGCUCAGGAAAUUAUUGGGUUCGGUCACAGGACGCCGUGCGGAGCCCAAUGAAAAUGCGCCACAUCACCCCCUACUCGGUACUGAGAUCGGUAUUGUUCAUUACCGAGCUCGGUAUUGCUUGAUACUGGAUACGUGGUUGGACCUGAUUGGUCUCCGAACGAUAAGCUGUGUCCGGUGACCAAACUCAAUAAUUUCCCGUUGAGCUCAGCAUGAGCAGCUGAGUCUGUUUUUUAUGGAACAAAUUUGUGUCAGAGUGAAUUUUUAGAAGUAUUAAAUUUAUUAUGAGAUGCAUAUAAUAUAUACAAAACUAAUAUCCUGAGCUAUUA